GCCAAAGUUCAGCUUUUUAGAUCAAUCUUAUAAACAGGAGUCCUCCGUCCGUUCGGUCUGUGCGGUUCUCUGUGUGGUUGGUGAAGACAAAACUCUGGCCAUGAAGUUCAUCAUGCUACAGGCAGCUCUGGGUAUCUGGGUCUUAUCAGCGCUGGUGUGUGAGGGAACAGCUGAUCAUCAUGAAGGUCAUCACUCGGGGGCCCAGGACACUGCCCCCGACAACAGCGCCUCGCUGGUGAAUUCAGCAAACAAGGAGUUUGCCUUCCAGCUGUACAGGAAACUGUCCGCUCACGCCGACACCCAAGGCAAGAACAUCUUCUUCUCCCCGCGGAGCGUCUCUGUCGCCCUGGCUGCCUUGUCUGCGGGAGCCCGGGGGGAGACCCAGAGGCAGCUUCACAGCGGUCUGGGGUUCAACAAUUCCCAACUGACACAAGCAGAUGUGGACCAGGCUUUCCACACGCUUCUGGAAAGAUCCAAUCAGCUGUCUCCUGAAGACACCAGCGAAGGGACGGCAGUGUUUGUGGACCAACGCUUCAAGCCAUAUGCAGAGUUCCUGGAGGUCCUGAAACAGUCAUAUUUUGCUGAUGGCUUCGCAGUUGACUUCACUCAAACCACCGACAGUGCAAAUGCCAUCAAUAAGUAUGUGUCAGAUAAGACCCACGGGAAGAUUGAAAAGUUGGUUGAGAGUGUGGACCCAAGCACCGUCAUGUACCUCCUCAGCUACAUCUACUUUAAAGGGACAUGGGCCACUCCAUUUGUGCCCGAGUUGACCAAGAAGGACACGUUCAACCUGGACGAGACUGCAAAGGUCCCAGUCCAGAUGAUGAACAUGGAAAACAACUUUGACGUAUAUUAUGACGUGACACUCAACACGUCGGUCCUCCACCUUCCUUUCAACAGCUCCUACUCCAUGCUUCUGAUGUUGCCAGAUGACAUGGCAACACUGGAGAAAACUAUUUGCCCAGGCCAUGUCACCAAAUGGCUGAAGUGGAUGAAGACAAGGCGAUAUGACGUCUCUGUUCCAAAGUUCUCCAUCAAGUCUUCUUACACACUGAAUGACAUACUGAUUGAAAUGGGAAUGGCAGACAUGUUUAGUGAUCGAGCAGAUCUCACUGGCAUUUCAGAAGGACAAAAACUGGUAGUCUCAGAGGUUGUGCACAAAGCAACUUUGGAUGUUGAUGAGACCGGAGCCACAGCCACCGCUGCCACAGGCAUCGGCAUCACACUUCUGUCUUUCCAGCACAUCCCUGUCCUGAAGUUCAACCGUCCAUUUAUGGUGGUCAUCACAGAUCGCAACGCAGGCGACUAUCUUUUCAUUGGCAGGAUCAUGAACCCAAAUGCUGAGGAGUAAAUCUGUACAGGGACAUAGUAUCUGUGAUGCUAUCAGAAAACAACAUCGUGAUGCCUGAACACCGAGCUCAUGACCAUUAGCAACAUUAUAA